AUGCUAGUUAGGAUAGUAGUGGGGGAAGAGAUAAUAUCCAUUGUCAGUGCGUACGGGCCCCAAGUUGGGCUCGAUGAGCAAGUGAAGUGCGAGUUCUGGGAUAACCUAGGAGACCUCAUGAGAACUAUCUCGGAUGAUGAGAAAGUUUUUUUAAGCGGAGAUUUUAACGGACACAUAGGCAGAGAUGCAGACAACUUUAACUCGGUACAUGGAGGAAAGAAAGAUGAGCAUUUGACCACUUAUAAGAGCGAUGGCCAUGCAACACAAGUUGAUUAUUUCUUAGUGCGCAAGGGAGAUUGGGCCUCAUGCUUGGAUCGCAAGGUGGUGCUUGGUAUAGAGAUGCCCACCCAACAUAGGCUUCUAGUAUUGGUUUUCAGGAUGAGGAAGAAAAUCACAAAAAAGAAGGUCAAGUCUAAGGGAAAGAUCAUGUGGGGGAGACUCAAAGGAGAUAUGGUCACAACCCUGGCAAACGAGAUAAGUUUUUUGGGCUUCCCAAGCCAGUCAGAGGAUGCAAAUGAGAUGUGA